AUGGCUAUUCAGUCGCAAUCCACAGUGUCGCUACCAACAUCAGUCACACAGUCGACACAGAGCUUACUGAAUAGAAAAGUUUCUACUGAGGACUCACUAUAUCAUAUUUGCUUAACAAUCCAGAAGCGACUGGAACUUUUGCCGCAGAUUAGGCCAUAUCUCAAUCUUGCGCAUGCCAGUAGUGAGCUCCUGAGUGAGCGCCAGGCGCUCCUCUUAUCGCAAAAACAGCAAUUGAGCCAGCAGCACCACCGAAGCGUGGGCUCUGCGAUGAGCGGUAACUCCGGCGCUGCAGGUGUCAAGAACGGACUGGAUAGAAGAAUAAGCUCGCUAUCCGCCAGCAGCUUCAAUGAAGACCCUGAGGCCUCAAGUAUAAGUGUGGAAGAAACUGUUGUCACAUUCAGCAUGGGCAUUUUGCCCAUUUCGAUGGACUGCGACCCUGUGACCCAACUCUCCCAGUUAUUUCAACAGGGUUCACCGCUUUGCAUAAUCUUCAAUGCCGUCAAACCACAGUAUAAGCUACCAGUGGUUUCUUCUGAUGAUUUGAAGAUCUGCAAGAAAUCCAUUUAUGAUUUUAUUUUAGCAUGCAAGAAGUACUUCACGUUCAGCGAUGAAGAGCUGUUCACAAUUUCAGACGUUUUUUCCAAUGACACCGAGCAUUUUAUAAAGGUCUUGGAUGUCGUGAAAACUUUGAUGGACUCUGCCCCUCAGGUUCUUCCCCAAAUUCCUGUUGAACACAUAAAAUGGUCGAAUACAGACCGCGGGAAGGUUGUACGAGAGUUCAUCGAAACCGAAAGAAAGUAUGUUUAUGAUCUUGAAAUCCUUAACCAGUACAGGAACCAGCUCCUACAGAGAGGAAUCAUAAAUUCAGAAGAGCUGUAUAUGCUUUUCCCCAAUCUCAGCGAUAUCAUCGAUUUCCAAAGAAGGUUUCUGAUAUCAAUGGAGAUAAACGGUCAAGUGGACCCUUCGAAACAAAGAAUUGGAGCUCUGUUCAUGCACUCCAAGCAUUUUUUUAAACUUUAUGAACCCUGGUCUAUUGGCCAAAAUGCUGCGAUAGAUUUCAUAUCUUCCAGCUUCGACAAGAUGGCAGGCUCUGAUUUUGUUAUUGGUAACAAGCUCGAAUUGCAAUCUUUCUUACUAAAGCCAGUUCAACGACUAUGCAAGUACCCAUUACUGCUCAAGGAGUUACUCCAGCAAGCGAAAGACAGCGCAAACUAUAAGGAGCUUGAGUUGGCAUGGGAGAUUUCAAAGAGCAUUGCUAGGAGUAUCAAUGAAAACCAAAGAAGAACUGAAAAUCACGAAGUUGUCAAAAAGCUUUACGACCGAGUUGUUAAUUGGAAAGGCUACCGCAUAGCAAAAUUUGGUGAGUUGUUAUACUUCGACAAGGUUGCAAUUUCAACUGGAAAUGGGAACGAGUCAGAACAUGAGUUUGAGGUUUAUCUUUUUGAGAAAAUCAUCAUCCUUUUUAGCGAAUUAGUGCAAAAGAAGGGCAACUCAAUCUCUUUAAAGAAGAAGGCAAGUUCAGCAUCAACCAUAACAUUACAACACAUGAGCGGGAGCGGAAACAAUCUUAAUAGCCACGGUUCGUCUGGGGAUUCGAAACUCGACCUAAGAGGGCGGAUUAUGAUAGUUAACCUCAACCAAGUCAGUCCUAUCGACAACCGCAGCUUAAGCAUUAUUUGGGAGUCGCCAAAAGAGCAGGGCAACUUUGUUUUGAAGUUCAAAAAUGAGGAAACACGAGACAACUGGUGUAGUAGCCUUCAAAGCUUAUUGCGCCAGAUACGAAGUGAAUCUCUUAAGAGCAGCAACAGUGACCGAUCAUCCUUUUCUUCGAAUACAUACUAUCCGCACUAUAGUAUGAACUCGAUCAACAGCAGCCAAAAUCGCAGAAUUUCAGACGUACUCCCAAAACAACACACUCAUCAGUCUUUCGAAAAUGAAUACAGGUCUAUCUCUGAAAAUUAUAGAACGUCCAUCCCAGAAUCAACGCUUUUGGUAAGAAUCUCGUAUCAAAAUGACUUUUAUACCGUUUUAGUCGAAGUUGAUUCUGGCAUUGAUAACAUGCUUCAGAUCGUUAAACGGAAGCUAACCCAUGUCGGAAAUAUUUCAAAAAUCAAAUAUCAAGAUGAGGAUGGCGACUACGUUAUGCUUGAGAGCGAAGACGAUUGGAAUGUUGUCAAAGACAUGCUCAGGGAGAGCAGCGAGCGUAUUCUUAACGUGUGGGCACAUGCUUGA